AUGAAAAUAAAGACAGGACUAACACGUAUUAUACCUACAGAACUAUUAAAUAAAGAAGAUAUAGAAUGUGCUCUAUGUUAUCGUGUAUAUUAUGAACCAGUAACUACACCAUGUGGUCAUGUAUUUUGUAAGAAUUGUCUGGAGCGAUCCCUAGACCAUCAGAGUAUGUGUCCACUCUGUAAAAGUUCACUAGUUGAGUAUUUAGCUGAAAGAAGACAGUCAGUAACAGAAUGUGUUCAGAGUAUUAUAGAAACAUAUUUUCCUGUAGAUUGUCAGGAGAGGAAAGUUCAACAUGAUCAGGAGGUGACAGAAAUGACCAAAAUGGGCAUAGAAAAUAAUGAAAUCCCAAUCUUUGUGUGCACCCUUGGUUUUCCCAGUGUACCAUGUCCAUUACAUAUUUUUGAGCCACGAUACCGCUUGAUGGUACGACAGUGUAUGGAAUCUGGAACGAGACAAUUUGGCAUGUGUUCACAUACUACAAAUGAUGAGUUUUCCGAUCUAGGAUGUAUGCUGGAGGUACGAGAGGUACAGUUUUUCCCUGACGGAAGAUCUAUAUUGGAUACUGUUGGUGGAAGGAGAUUUCGAGUAGUAAGUCGUGGACAUAAAGAUGGGUAUGAUACAGCACAAGUUGAAUUUCUUCAUGAAGCACCUAUAGAUCCCUCAGAAUUACCUGAAAUUUUGAAACUUCAAGAAGAAACAUAUCAAGCUUGUAAGAAAUGGUUUAGCAAGUUAUCUGUUAUGUAUCAACAUAAAAUUACUAGCCAUUUUGGAGAUUUUCCUCCCAUUGAUCCAACCCCACAUCUAUCACCUAAUGGACCUAAAUGGGCUUGGUGGAUAACAGCUGUCUUACCUCUAGAUCCCAAAGUUCAACAGGCUCUGUUAGCCAUGAUAUCAUUUAAAGAACGUAUUCAAGCUUUACAGAAAGUUCUGAAUUUUCUCAAUAAAAAACAAUCCAAGUGA